ACUCAGCCAGCACAGGGGGCAGGGGCUGGUGUGGUCAGUGUUACUCUCUCUGCUGCUGCUGCUGCUGCUGCAACCGCAGCUUCCAACUGGGCAAAGGGUGGGGGCAGCUCUCUUAUUUGGGUCUCAUCGCAGCGACUCCUUCCGUUGCUGCGGGAAUUGGCUAAUGCUUGUUAGCCGAACCUCUCUUCUCCCAGCCACUCCCUACCCCCCGAAGCAUUAACUCCUUCCCCCGUCCCCCAAUUGUGCAGGCGAACCAACCGGUUAGAGACGAUGCCCAAUGACUCAUUCAACAAGCCCUCCGCUUCUUCGGACCAUCAUGUCCAGGGGGGUAAGAUGUGCAGCUUUGGGAAAGCCGCCGUUCUGAUGGCUGCUACUACUCCUGCCGCAGGUGGAGGUGGUGCCGGGGUCUUAGGUCAAGCCGCCGCCGCCACCGCCGCCUCGGGAAAGAAGUCUCCCCGUCUCCCUAAGUGUGCCCGGUGCAGGAACCACGGCUACUCCUCGCCGCUGAAAGGGCACAAGCGGUUCUGCAUGUGGAGGGACUGUCAGUGUAAAAAAUGCAGCCUCAUCGCAGAGCGGCAGCGGGUGAUGGCUGCGCAGGUGGCAUUGAGAAGGCAGCAGGCCCAAGAAGAAGAGCUGGGGAUCAGCCAUCCCAUCCCUCUGCCCAGUGCCCCAGAGCUCUUUGUUAAGAAGGAAAACAAUGGUGGCAGCUCCUGUUUAUUGUUGGAAAGCAACAGCCCAACACAUUCAACAAACACAGCAACUACAGCAUCCACCACCCCAUCAGAGGGACGGAUGCUCAUUCAGGACAUUCCUUCCAUCACCAGCAGAGGGCAUCUGGAGAGCGCAUCUGACUUGGUUGUGGACUCCACCUACUACAGCAGUUUUUAUCAGCCAUCCCUGUAUCCUUACUACAACAACCUUUACAACUACUCCCAGUACCAGAUGGCAGUGGCCAGUGAAUCCUCCUCUAGCGAUAUGGGGGGCACACUAGUAGGGUCCCCUGUGAAAAACAGCCUGCGAAGCCUCCCAGCCACAUAUAUGUCAAGCCAAUCAGGAAACCAAUGGCAGAUGAAAAGCACAGAGAGCCGACAUGCCAUGAGCUCCCAGUACAGGAUGCACUCGUACUACCCUCCUGCCUCCUACCUGGGCCAGAGUGUUAGCACGCCUGCUUGUGUUCCGCAGAUCUUCACUUUCGAGGACAGCCCCUCGUACUCAGAGUCUAAAGCAAGCGUAUUUUCACCACCCAGCAGUCAAGAUUCUGGCUUAAUUUCCCUUUCCAGCAGCUCUCCUAUCAGCAAUGAAAGCACCAAAGGAGUACUGGAGUGUGAGUCUGCCUCUGAGUCUGGCACCUUCACUGUUAAUUCUGUUAUAGAAGAUGGCGAAUAAGCAAAAUUCAGCCCCACAUCUCUACUUUAUUCAGGAGAUCAAGUGCAUUCUGUUAUAAUGUUGUUUGUUUGCCUGUUUUGCAUUGACUGAUGCUGAAGUAACCAUUGAAAAAAAUGUUUGGUUUAUUCUUUUCAGACUUGUAUUAUAAUUACCAAAGCUUACAUUCCUAUAACAGUUUAGGGACCAUAGCUUCACAGACUGCAAUGCAGGUUAGGUAUUUUUUGCUCAGUGUUAAUGCAGUAAUUCUCUUUAUUAAAUUUACACUCAGUAAACUACUCUUUACUAAAGUCCUGGAUUGUGGCAUGAAUAAAAUAUAAUCAAAGUUAAGAUGAAAUGUUAGACCCUUUGAGGGGUUUGGUUCCAGUUUGCAUACACAAGAAUGCUAUAAUGUAAAACAGGUCAGGUAAAUCCCUAACCAGUGGCUGAAAGCAAGAUGAAUAGACACAGCUCUUUUUUU